CGACAGCUUCGAUUCCAACGAACGCACCACUAGAAAAUGGCAUCACCCAGCCCUGCUCCACAUGCCAUUCUCCUGGAUAAAUUCAACCAAGUGUUGGCGUUCCGCAGUGUAUCCGCCUUCGGGACUCUUGGAGUCGCAGACUUCUUGGGCGCCCACGGCCCCUCCUCGACCGCCACGAUAGCGGCGGCACUGCAAUUGCAUGCGUCUGCCCUCUUUCGUAUGCUGCGCGCAUGUGCCAACGUCGGUUUGGUGACCCAGUCAUCCCCUCAUGAAAAGGACGCGGAGUUUGAGCUCACCCCAAUUGGCAGCUGCCUUCAAUCGAACGUCCCAGGCUCGCUCCGCAGCGUCCUCGACGCGUGGGCUCAACCGAGCCACUGGCAGGCGUUCCAGCAUUUUGAGACCUCCAUCAAGACUGGCCAAGCAGCCACCCAUGCAGCGUACGGAUCUGAUAUUUGGACGUAUUACCAGCAACGCCCGCAAGAGCAAGCGACGUUUGCGGCCGCCAUGUCAGACUUGUCCAGGUCUGCUAUCGCCCCAAUUCUGGCGGCCAUUUCCCUUUCGAAUGCGUCCAUGAUUGUCGAUGUCGGUGGCUCCCACGGGGACCUUCUCGCGGCAAUCUUGACCAAGGCGUCACCUCAAGCUCGCGGCAUCUUGUUUGACCUCGAAGAUGUCAUCGCGACAGCACCCGCCGCCUUGGCACAAAACGAAAACGGCCACCAGAUCACGCCGGUCGCUGGAAACUUCUUCGACUCGGUGCCGAAAGGGGAUGUGUACUUGCUCAAGCACGUUUUGCACGAUUGGAGCGAUGACGAAUGUGUUGCCAUCCUGAAAACCAUCGCUCGCCAUGCCCCUCGCGGGGCGCGGGUGCUCGUGAUUGAGCUCGUACUAAGCUCGACCGUUGAGCCUGCCGCUGGGAUCGGAGGUCUGCUCUCCCCCAGUAUCUUCAUGGACGUUAACAUGCUUUCGUUGAGUACCGGGCGCGAACGCACGGCAGAACAGUACGCCGCACUGUACACCACGGCCGGGCUCCACUUUUCAGGUGUUACGCCAACUCCGUCGCCGUACGCCAUUGUGGAGGGCACUGUCGAGUAAGUGACAAUCUAACGUUAGCGCGAUUAGAUUUGGUUUGAAACGUAGACUAACGUUAUAAAAGGUCUUAAAUGCCCGUUGAAUCUGACA